AUGGAGAGAAAGCCUGAGGCCCCUAACUCCAUUAUCAUCAACCGGGAGACCGGCGCAGCCAAACGACUCGGCGAAAAGGCACCAGUCACUCGCCAUUUACAGAAGCUGAUCGAUGAAACAGUCUCAAAUGGUUACGUUAUAAUCCCCAACGCUUUUACCGACGCCGAAGUCGAUGAAGCGAACACAGAGCUACGACGUCUUGCGUCUAGCCCGGAGGCCGGCCCGGCCGUGUCGGGAGGUCGCAACAGGUUCGAAGGGCUGAGAACGAACCGUAUCUACGCUCUACUCAAUAAGUCCAGAGUGUUUGACAAAUUCGCACUCCAUCCUGAUAUUCUGGGUCUCAAUGAGCAUUUUCUGGACCAAGGCUUUCUUCUGAAUGCAUUUCAUAGCAUCAACAUUCAACCGGGAGAAGAGCCUCAAACGAUUCAUCACGAUGAUGGCUUUAUCACGAUACCACGUCCACAUCGCCCCUUUGGGACCGCAAUUAUGGUUGCACUAGAUUCUUACACGAAAACAAAUGGCGCUACGGUCGUUGUUCCAAAGUCGCAUACGUGGGACUCGAGUCACGUCCCGACACCAGAGGAAGCGCAGCCUGUUAUUAUGGAAAAAGGAAGCGUGGUUUACUUUCUAGGUACGCUGUGGCAUGGAGGGGGCAAGAAUGUGUCGGAGAAAGAGCGGAGAGCACUCACGGUCCAGUAUUGCCAGCCAUGGGUCCGUCCGCUGGAGAAUCAGAUCCUUGCGGUAGAUUGGGAGAAGCUGAACGAGAUUCCGCCUCGUCUAGUCGACAUGCUGGGAUAUCAGGUCGGGGCCCCUUUUGUAGGCUAUGUAGAUGGGAUCAGCCCCAGAAGGGCCGUUGAACGGAAGAUGAGGACGAAGCAAAUGGUCGAUAGGUAUAAGACCAAGCUUUGA